CUUGCAAAACUGUCAGAGGCGUUAUUCAAAGGAAGAGAGAAUGACCUCCCGAAACAUCUAGUUAUCUGAGCAUAUCGCAGCAACUGAAAGAGCAGAGAAACAAGAGAAAGACAAAGGAGACUGAGAAAAGAAACACGUUUUGAGAUUUUUUUUUUCAUCCGAUUUUUCUGAAUUUACUCGUACACUUGUGAGCAUUGUUGGUCUUAUCGUCAUGACAAGGAAAAGGAGCUUCCUGUUUCUGGCACUCGUCCUCUUCCAAACCCUAUCCCUCUCCCUAUCCCAACGCACAGUCUGCCCAAUAGGAUUUGUGAUGAAUGAGAAUCAGGAUUGCAUUGAACAUGAUGAAUGUGAAAAUGAGGAGGACUAUGAUAAUGGAGGGUUAUGUGGGGAAAAUGCAGUCUGUAAGAACACAUAUGGCAGUUUCUACUGCCAGUGUGCAGAUGGAUUCGGAUCAUCAACAGAGCAAGUGACUUUUACAAAUCCAUCACCUGGGCAGUGCAAAGACAUCAAUGAAUGCCAGUCAAUGAUGAACAUCUGUCCAAAUAAUGCCGAGUGCCACAACUCCUCCCCGUAUUAUUCCUGCAUUUGUGAAAGCGGGUUCCACUCUUCCACUGGGGUAGAAAGUUUUCGUUCUGGUGACAACAUUACAUGCGAAGAUAUUAAUGAAUGCCAAGAAGAAGAAAUCUGUGGUCCAAACGCAUCAUGUAUCAAUACAGAAGGCAGUUUUCAAUGUUUCUGCAACGCUGGCUUCAGAUUAAAAUCUGGAAAUUCUUCCUUCACUGGAAAUAAAGAGCAGUGUGAAGACCUGUGUAAAAUUGAUCUGGCAAUCUGCGGAAAUGGAACCUGCCAUCAAGGAGCUACUGGUCAUUACUGUUCAUGUCCCUUGGGGUUUACAAACUACGGCAACAAUAAAACCCGCUGCACUGAGCUCAGCUGUGACAUUUUUAAAGAUGAAACCAGUCUGAAGAAGACAUUCCCAAUGGUGCAUGGUCACAUCAUUCAACUGAGGAACAGCUGUUUGGACCUCACAGAGAGUGAGACUCCAAAAGAAAAGAAUGAAUACUUACUAGAGUUCCUGAUAUCUUUGAUCGACAAACUGUUGUCCAGUGAAGUCUUCAAUGAUAACAAGAAAGUCUCCCUGUUCCUGAACUUUGUGGAACAUGCUCUGAGGAUCAUAGGACCUUUUGUUACACCUCCAGGGAGAGAAAAGUUGGGGACAUACACAGAAGUGAAAAUGCUGGUUUAUAAGGGGUCUGAAUUGCCUCGAGGACCAACCACUCUAUCUUCCAAGCACGCUAAACUAGACAUUGACCUGGAAGUAGCUGCUGGUGAUCAAUUGUAUUACCCAGGCUUUACAGCAGUUUCCUUGCUGAGUUAUUUCAACCUGGAAAAGUUUGCAAAUAGCUACUUUGGUGGGAUAAAACCCCAGAAGAAUGAACGCUAUCAGAUAAACUCUAAAGUUGUGACUGUCACAGUCAGUAACACAAACACAAGCCAUCUCAAAGAGCCAAUCCGAUUGACCUUGUAUCACCUUGAAAAGACCAACCAAACUUUCCACACCUGUGUGUUUUGGGAUUUCUCAGUGGAAGGAGGGGCAUGGUCCACACGAGGCUGCAAAGUUGUGAUGUCUAGCCCUGAAUACACUGUGUGCUCCUGUCAACACUUGAGCAGCUUUGCUGUCCUAAUGGCCCUUUAUGACACUGAGGAUAAGUUUGACUUGCAGUUGAUUACAUGGGUGGGCCUGUCUCUUUCACUGGUUUGUCUGUUCAUCUGCAUCUUGACGUUCUCUAUGAUCCGCUCCAUCCAAAGCCCCAGAACCACCAUGCACCUGCACCUCUGCAUCAGCCUCUUCAUUGCAAAUCUCAUCUUUCUUGCAGGCAUCUCUAGGACAGAGAACAAGGUUGGGUGUGCAGUGGUGGCAGGAAUGCUGCAUUUUUUCUACCUUUCAGCAUUUUGCUGGAUGUGUCUGGAGGGCAUCCAGCUCUUCAGGAUGGUGGUUCUGGUUUUCAACACCAACUUUAAAACAUUGUACAUGAUGGCAGGAGGCUAUGGAGUCCCAGCAGUAAUUGUUGCUGUUUCUGCAUUGGUUAGUCACAAAGAAUAUGGCACUGACAGACAUUGCUGGCUGAGUUUGGACUUAAUCUGGAGUUUCUUUGGGCCUGCCUGUGUCAUCAUCAUUGUCAACAUUUUCUUCUUUCUAAUCACCGCCUGGAAGUUGGCACAGAAGUUCUCAAGUCUAAAUCCUGACCUAGACAGCCUGCAGAAAAUAAAGGCAUUUACCAUCACUGCUGUUGCCCAGCUGUGCAUACUGGGAACAAUGUGGAUCUUUGGGUGUUUCCAGUUCGAGAAGGGCACAAUUGCCAUGACUUAUCUGUUCACCAUUUUUGGAAGCCUUCAGGGUGUGAUGCUCUUUGUAAUGCACUGUCUACUUUCUAAACAGAUAAGGGAAGAAUAUGGAAACAUCUCGUCUCAACUCUUUGCACCUCGGAAGAAGACCUACUCAGAGUUCAGUUAUUCUCACACAAGAAAACCACAAGGAUCCAAAAGUACCCAGGACACAGGAGAAUCUCAAAUUUAAGGAGCUGAACGAUGAACUGGGACAAAAGUACAGUUGGCUAAAAAACACAACUUAUAGUCACUUUGCUUGCUGCUACUGCCAUGUAUCAUAAUUUGUGGACCAUAUUGAUGAAAUAUUUUAUUUUGUAAAUAGUAUUAUUAAAUAUUGUUUUAUAAAGAUUAAUCUUUUUAGAAUGAAAGAAUACAUUUAAAAUAUAUUUGUUUAGUUAUAAUUUAGCAAUCCAGAAAUGUUGUAUUUUGUCAGUUAAUGAAGCACAAUCCAAUUUAAAACUGAGUUAUUUCAGACUUAUUUUAGAAACUGAUAGACAAUGACAGUCCACAACCUUUUUUGUUGAGGCUUUGUUUUAAAUGGCUGAGAAAAAAAACUUUUUUUAAAUACUUUGAAAUAAAAAAACUGUUUCAUCAGGUGUAUUUGAUGUUUGCCAUAACAUUUAGGCACUUAAUUUAAUGAAAAUAAAAGUCAGAGAAAUAUUAGUGAUAAAACCUCCCUCUCCUUGUCCACAGCCUUUGAAUUGUAUCGAAAAUGAAGACAGAUUUUUACUUUGAAUGAACCAUUUCAUAUAUACAGUAUCAAGAAGCAUGUCCAACAGUCUAAAUGCUUGCUUCCCCAAAUGUGCAGAGAUUUUAUUAAACUAUUUGUGCUUUCAAAGUCUGUUUUAGCAUUGGGGUAAUAUUUCUGCUCAAGAAGUUGUUUGCCACUCACUUGUAAAAGCUAAAUUCCUGUAUUUUUACUUGUCAAAGAUUAAAUAAAUACUUUCUACAACCAAUUUCA